UUUCUCCACUUGGCGAUUAUUCACGAGGAAAAAGCCCUGAGCCUGGAGGUGAUCCGGCAGACGGCCGGGGACCGUGCAUUCCUGAACUUCCAGAACAACCUCAGCCAGACUCCUCUUCACCUGGCAGUGAUCACUGAUCAGCCUGAAAUUGCCGAGCAUCUUCUGAAGGCCGGAUGCGACCUGGAAAUCAGGGACUUCCGAGGAAACACCCCCCUGCACAUUGCCUGCCAGCAGGGCUCCCUCAGGAGCGUCAGCGUCCUCACGCAGUACUGCCAGCCGCACCACCUCCUCGCUGUCCUGCAGGCGACCAACUACAACGGACAUACAUGUCUCCAUUUGGCAUCUAUUCAAGGAUACCUGGCUAUUGUCGAAUACUUGCUGUCCUUGGGAGCAGACGUAAAUGCUCAGGAGCCAUGCAAUGGCAGAACAGCACUACAUUUGGCUGUCGACUUGCAGAAUUCAGACCUGGUGUCACUUCUGGUGAAACACGGGGCAGAUGUGAACAAAGUGACCUACCAGGGCUAUUCCCCCUAUCAGCUCACAUGGGGAAGAGACAACUCUAGCAUACAGGAACAGCUGAAGCAGCUGACCACAGCUGACCUGCAGAUGUUGCCAGAAAGUGAGGACGAGGAGAGCAGUGAAUCGGAGCCUGAAUUCACAGAGGAUGAACUUAUGUAUGAUGACUGCCUUAUUGGAGGACGACAGCUGGCAUUUUAAAGCAGAGCCUUCUGUGAAAAGAAGUGACUGUGUACAUAUGUAUAGAAAAAGGACUGACUUUCUUCAUUUGAAAAGAAAGUCAUAACGCGGAGGGAAGAACCAGAAGGGAGAUACUACACUGCCCAGCAAGGAGCACGUAAUUGUAACAGGAUGGUUCCAGGUUCUGGCCUGUGUUUAAAUACAGGAAUGGGAUGUGUAACAUCGGUAGAGAUCUGUGAUUAUUCACACCACCUGAUAAAGAGCCACAUAGCCAAUCUUCUCAACCCUACGAAGGUAACAGACUACACAUCCAACCUGCUAGUUACAGAGAGCUAUCUUGCGGUGUUCGGUACCAUGAGAAACGCGUGUCCUCUCAUGGCAAGGCAGGCUCAUACCGACAGCCCCUCUUCUCGGAGACUCUGUGUUAAUUUGUGUCGGGUUGGUGGUGCUCCCUGGCCUUACUGAUCGACUUCAGCUGCUCGCGGUGGGGUGUCCCAGGCGGAGUCGUCAAACUAAGGGACUGGUGACCUCCUGGCUGUUAGAAGAAAGGUAGCAAUAAUGUUAACUGUGGGCAUUGGAAACUGUGUUUCACACCAUGUGUGUCAUAAUUGCUACACUUUUUAGCAAUUG